GUUGAUACUUACGUACUUCCUUAUAACUUCAUGGUAGAACAACUUCUAAGAGUGUCUGUUUGGUUACUGCAGCAUCUGGAUCCAGAGGUUGUUUUUAAAAAAUGUGGACUGCUAAAACUCUCUGUACUGCUCAAAUACAAUUGCUUCAGUUGACAGGAGGUAGAUUAUCUAGUGGCAUGUUUCCAGAAACUUGCCAGUUUUGGCUUGGUAUGCUAAACUAUUGUACAAGAUGGGCACCACAUAACAGAGUUAAAUGCCAGGUUUCCAAGGCAAAUGAUGACAAAUCAGUAGUAGACGCAACAGCUGCUAUUGGUGCGCAAGGAAAUAAAAUAGCUCCUGAAAAAAGUUCCAGCGGAAUACAUAAUGGAAAACACCGUUCAUUAGAGGCAAAAAUGAAACAUCUGAACCUAUCAUUUGCAGCUUGUGGGUUUCUGGGUAUUUACCACUUGGGGGCAGCAGCUGCUCUUUACAGGCAUGGUAAGAAGUUACUGAAAGUUGUGAAAUCGUUUGCGGGAGCUUCUGCGGGAUCACUGGCUGCCACUGUCUUAUUAGCAGUACCAGAAAAUAUAGAGGAAUGUAAGCAGUUUGCCUAUGAGUUUGCAGAGGAAAUUAGAAAAUUGGACUUUGGUGCUGUAACGCCUGGUUAUGAUUUCAUGAAAAGACUUAGAGGAGGCAUAGAGUCUAUUCUUCCAUCUAAUGUUCAUGAGAUAGCUGAGAACCGGCUCUAUGUGUCAGUCACUAACACCAAAAAUGGAGAAAAUCAUUUGGUUUCAAGUUUUGCUUCCAGGGAGGACCUUAUUAAGGUCCUGCUAGCAAGUAGCUUUGUGCCAGUAUAUGCAGGAAUUAAGCCAGUAGAAUAUAAAGGAGAGAAAUGGGUUGACGGUGGCCUUACCAAUGGCCUCCCUAUCUUGCCUGUGGGACGAACAGUGACAAUUUCUCCCUUCAGUGGUCGAUUAGAUAUCUGUCCACAAGAUAAAGGACAUAUGGAUCUGUAUGUUAAAUUUGCAAAACAAGAUCUAAUGCUGUCUUUGGCCAACCUGGUAAGACUUAAUCAAGCUUUGUUCCCACCAAACCAGAAGAAAAUGGAAUUAUUGUACCAAAAUGGAUUUGAUGAUGCUGUACACUUUUUACUAAAAGAAAACUGGUUUGAGUAGAUUGUACUUUGAAUAUUAACUAAGCUUGAUGGCUGUCAAAACACAACUACAGGCAUCCUGCCAAAUCUAAGGGAUUGCUGUCAAAAUUUCUGUAUAUCAAAAUAAAAAUGCCAAUGGAAUUAGAUCUGCUCUUGUGAAGAAAAUAUACAGGUGUUCUGGAAUUCAAAAACUUGUCAAAAUGGGAAUUGUACUUGUGUGGUAAAAGAUAUCUGUCUUUGUUUUG